CAGCUGACUUGUAGUCACAUGCCAGAGCAGGAAGUAGUUGGCUGGUUGGAGACAUGAGAGUGGAGGUGCAGCUGCUGCUCUGGGCCCUUUGUGUUGGUCUGGGGGCCACAGGUGCCCCAGAAGAGGAGGAGGAGACCAGGAAGGUCUCUCUGGAGUUGAACCCCGGCUCCUCCAACUCCACCGAGAACCUCCUCCAUAUCCGGGCCGUGGGAAAUGGCAGCACCAUCCAUUAUGUGUGGAGUACCAUCGGGGCCCCCACCGUCCUCCUCAUCUACACCGAUAGCGAACACACCCAGCUGAAGGUCAACUGGACCAAACUGCUCUCCCCGGAGCCCCAUGGAGCCAUCCGGGUGGAACCCGCCAACCGCGUGCGCUAUUCCACCGCCCUGCUCUUCACCCGGAUUUUCGAAUACAAAGACAUCAACAACACGGCCAAUUUCACCGGGACGGACCGUAAAUUAUUCUACCCGCCCUACGAGCUUUCCGGGUUCACCUGGGGAAGCGCUAGAGACUCCAUGAACUCCUCCUCGCUGACGGCACGUCUGUCCGGCGUGAAUUCCACCGACCCGAACUUCAACAACGGGAGCGUCUCCUUCCAGGUCUCGGCAUACAAAGGCUCGGGCCGCGAUCGCUCCUCUCCCCAGCUGCUCCACAAUGCCAACUGCACCAAAAUGGAGUUUGUUCUGUCCGGGGUUAAGCCGCGGGGCAAUAACUCCCGCUUCGCCCUGGAGAUGGUGACCCUGGAAAAGAAGGCGGGGCGAAAGAAGAUGAAAUCCGUCCGCUCCAUUGAUGACGAGUACACCCCGACCAUCUUCGAGGUGAUGGAGUUGGUGCCGGACACUCCCAACACCAGCCAUGCCCUCGGCUACUUCCAGUGGAAGUCGGUGGCGUACGGCACUGCGGAGGGAGGGAGAGCCAACGCCCUGCCUUGCAAGAUGUACAGGCCGCGCAGCCUGAACGAGACCCUCCGCAUCCCCAGCAUCGUCUACGCCUUCUACGGGGAAGAUCUGGCUGAUGGAUACAACAUUGAGGCCUACAACGUCUCCUUCGGGAUUGCAGACGGCGACUUCUAUGACAAGCACGGCUUCCUAGGCUGGUCAGCGUUGAUCGGUUACGGCACGCCGCCCCGCGAUUCCUUCUCCGUGCUGGUCAUGUGCAUCAUGGCGGUGGCUCUGGGCGCCCCCCUGGUGCUGCUUAUCGUGGGCUCCAUCGUGGUGGUGGUGAUGAGGAGGAAGACCGUCACGCCCAGCUACGAACCGGUGAACUAGGAGGAAAGGACGACUCCUCCGCCUCGGACUAUUUUUGCACAAGGAAAACUUGAAACUGACCAAUGGCAAUAAAGACGGACCCGCGGCUGGCGGGAUUCUGAUGGCGAUCGCUCUAUUGACAAAAGCCACCCGGCUUAAAGGGAUUGUUUACAAUAUUUUGUGGUCUUAAUACUGACUUCUUCUUUACCGAGAUCUGCAGCCAAAUCCUGAAUCUUGGUUCUUCACUGAGCACCCUGAAUAUGACUUGAAGCACUCAACCUGUGGCCACUCCAGCUGUUGUGGAACUACAAGUCCCAUCAUGCCUCUGCCUUUGGGAGUCGUGCUUGGAACUUUCAGCCUUGCAAUACCUCAUGGGACUUGUAGUUCUGCAACAGCUGGAGGGCUACAGGUUGACCACCAAUGAGUCUUAGACUGUAAAGGUAAAGCCCCAAUUGUAUUUUUUAGUUUUGUAUUUAGCGGGGGAAAGUUUAAGCUAAACUCCAGGAACAAAAACUCACUUAGAAUAUACUCCUCAGUAGCCACAAAGGAUGUAAAGCCACUUUGUGUGCACCAAAUGCCUUCACAGACCCAGAUAUUACCUUGUAAAUGUAGCACUGACAUCAGAGCUGUGGGAGGUGCCCA